AUGCCGCCCCACUCGAGGGGAACGUCCGAGACCGAGCACCCCGGCGCGGGUACCCUGUUCGUGCACGGCCAGUCCACAUCUGGCCCAUCCAAGCGCUCUUCCCUCACCGGCCCGCGGUCUCGCUCCAGGACACCAGCACGCCUCCGCCCGUCCUCCGCAUCCCGAUCGCGGGAGAGGAAACGCGCCAAGCUAGUCAAAUGGCCGCCAGAAUGGCAAGACGCGAGUCAAGUACGGGAGGAGCAGGUCGAAGUGGGACCGUCUGGCGCGGAUGCCCUACUCGAACGGGGCAUAGGGGACUAUGCGUUCUUGCCAGCGCCUGAGGGGCUGUUGGGGCGGGGAAAGUUCAGCUCCGUAUACAAGGUGACUGGGCCGGAUGGGAAGCUGUACGCACUCAAGCAUACUCCCCUACACCCACAUCACCCCCUUAUCGCAGCUCGCCUUCUGCGAGAACCGACUCUUCUCGCCCAGCUUCCUCCACACCCUUGUUUGGUUGGCGUGGAAGGCUGGAUCCGCACCGAAGGCCACUUCUACCUUAUCGAGCAAUACGCCGCAACACACAUCCCGCUCCAUCUUCAUCCCCUCCCGCUCCGUCCCUCUCGCGCAGCGUACAUCCUCGACCAGCUCGUCAGUGUCGUGCGGGACUGUAUGCACCGGGGGCGGGUAUGUCAUCGGGACCUGAAGGGUGAGAAUGUCUUGGUGGACAUCAAGACGGGUGAUAUUGUCGUUUUAGAUCUUGGAUUGGCUACCCAGUUCUCAGCGAGUGAGCCAAAGUUGACUACAUGCUGCGGGAGCCCAGCUUUCCACAGCCCCGAAAUUGUCAAUGCCUUGAACCAUCCACCCGGAGCUGUGACAUACUACGGCCCCGAGCUGGAUAUCUGGUGCAUUGCGCUAACCCUCCUCGCCCUCCUCUCUUCUUCCCGCUUUCCCCUCGGCCCCUCCCACCGCUCUCGCCACAUCAUGGCCUCGCGCGUCCUAGACCGUCUCCAAGAACUCGACACCGCCUACCCUCCCGCCCGGCCUGCCGUCAACUGGGCCCUUACCGCCGAGGAGCACAAGCAGGAGGCGAAAGAGUGGGAUCGGGUCCGACGGGGUCUUCGGGCGUUCCUCGAGAUGGAUGGGAUCAAGCGGAUGGAGGAGUUCAGGCGGUAUACCUUUGGAGAAGAGUGGAAGGGGAGACUGAGGAGUUGGGAGGUGGAGAGAGGACCGGAGCGGGACAAGGAGGGAGAAGCGGUCUUUCGCCAAAUCAGCUUCAUCCCUUCCGAAAUCAAGUAUACGCUACCACUCGCCCUUCUUCCCGCGCAAGAACCCCAGAUCGCUCAAGAGACCUCAGCACCGCGGUCCCUCUCCCGAACGUCCUCUCCUGCUCGGCGGAUACCGGCCGAAAUGGUCCUCGCCAAUCCCACGCACGAGUCGGAUCGCCGGGUCCUCUCGUACCUCAAAUACCUCCUCCGUGCCAACGGAAUCCUCUACCACUGUAUCCCCAGCUCUUCCUUCCCGCUCCUGCAGCUUGUCAUUCCUCUUCCGCCUCCCCCAGUCCCGCCCAGCCCGCAGCCCGAGGUCGAGGGGAAACCCACACCCUGGCUAUCCGCCCUAUUCCGCCGCAGCCGGUCCACUACUCCUCGGUCAUCGUCCGUUCCUGCCUCCUCGCGGAAUCCCCCACCUACCACCCCUUCCACCCCGCUCGUCCCAUCCGCGUAUAUCCGCUGCUACGCCCAGAUCGAGUUCACUCAUCCCCCGCGCCGCUCCAAGACCCGCGCCAACAGCAGGACCCCCUCGGGCGUCACACCACGAAGCAGCACCGCCGGCCCUCAUGCCCGCCGACGGUCCACUACAUCCGCCACUCCCAGGUCGGCCUCGCUCGCCCCGGCGUAUCUGAGCGGUACGGCCCUUCGAAGCGGUGCCGUCUCCCCUACUACCCCCAGCGGCGGAGAGGGCAGCCUCGCCGUGGCAUCCCUCCAGCAGGCCUUGUUGAGGAUCACCGAGUCCUCCCCCUCCCUCGGCACUCCCGGCGGACGGUGGGCGUCCCCCACCUCACCCAGGGCGCAGACCUUUAGCGUCGACGCAUGCGCGACGGACAAGCGGCAAAUCAGUAUCAACUCCAGGUUGGGCGAUUCGGGCAAUACAUCCCCUAUCAUCUCUACUCCGACCACUCCCGGCUCAGCCACGCCCGUCCCUCUUCCUCCUACCUCCAAACCUGGCGCCGUACCCAACCCUACCUCUCCCACCUCUCGGAGCGGAUCCCGGCCGCCCGUCAAGCGAGCUAUGACUUCCCCUCGUAUGCCCACCGUCGCAACUAUGACCGCCGCGCUAGGGAUGCACAUGGGCCCUCUCCCCGCUCCCGGUACCGGUUCAGGCCCGGGUCCCGCAGCGGGGGCAUACCGCGGUCUUCCGCCCGUCUCCCCUUCUCUGGCUUUAUCACCUCUCCCACCUAUCCAUCCCGCCCCACACCCCCUCAGCCGCCAAGUAUCCCCAACCGACUCCGGCUCCAGCCCGGUCAUAUCGGACCGCCCAUCCAAAUCUCGGUCCACCUCCGUCCAUCGUCCGUCCCGCCCGGGCUCUCGCCUCAACUCGCGUGCCCCAAGUAGGGCCCCGUCGGCUCAUACCGCCCCGUCCAUCCAGGAAGGUACGACCGAGAGUGACGAGACGAGCAGUACGACCUCCUCUUCCCGGCCCAGUGCUGGUGCUGCUGCCGGAGAAACAUCCGGUCUGCCCCGUACAAGCAGAAGACCCCCUAUCAGCCGAACACACUCGACCGUCUCUUCCACGGCAUACACCUCCCCUCCUUCAUCCUCUGAGACGCCCCGGCCCGUCUCAUACGUCUACAUCCGGCUCUCGGAUCCUCGGGCACUAGCUGUACUGAGGAAAGCGCUAGAUGUUCCGCAUGACCAUCCUGUCCCAUUCUCGCCUCCUGCGCGUGAGACGCUAUCGCCUUCUUUGGCUAGACCGACGGACAUUCGGGGAAAGCAGGCUGGACGCCCCGAUGACGAAGAGGAAGAGCGGGGCAGACCGCGGAGUAGGGAGGAUCCGCCCAGGUCCAUGGGUACGGGUAUCGGGCUGGGUCUCUCUUCUGGAUCGACUAGUACUACUGGCGAAACUGUUGCGGCUGGAGACGGGGAAGGUGACGAAGGCGGGGCCAGAGAAGAAGGGAAGCUGGGAGGAGUGGUCGUUAUGAAUGAAGAAGCGGGGGCUUCGGACAUAUCGUCAAAAGGCGAUGGAGGGGGUAGAAAGGGGAGGAGAGAGGCCAGUACGGGUCGGAAAGUGAUGGGAUUGUUUGGAUUGGGUGGACCUGUGGAUGUCGAGCUGGGAGGGAGGCGGAGAAGUGGGGGAAGGACGAGCAGUGCGCCGCCAGUGUCGACUUAG